UUAAAAAGGCAAAAAAAAAAUUAAAAAUACUUGUUUCAAUUCCAUCCAUCUAUUGAAAUGGCUCAUCAAGGUCCGCCUUCUCUUUGUUCUACCCUUCAAGACACCAAAAUUGGAAAGCCUGAGGUUGUCCGCCAAACAGCUGCUUUUCACCCAAUGGUGUGGGGUGAUCACUUCCUUAACUACUCUGGAGACCAAAAGAAGGUGGAUGCAUGGACGAGAAAGGUUGAAAUGCUUAAGGAAGAAGUGAGAAGGAUGCUUUUCAACACCCAUGUUUCAGUGCAAGAAAUGAAUCUGAUUGAUGAUAUUCAAUGGCUGGGAGUGGCGUAUCACUUUGAAAACGAGAUAGACGAGGCAUUACACCAUAUGUAUGGGGAAUAUACGAAAGUUCAAUAUGAUGAUUUGUACGCCGUUGCACUCCGAUUCUGACUGCUAAGGCAAG